AUGUCAACCAAAGCGACUAAACUCGUAUUUAAGGGAGAUAAAGGAAGCAGUAAAAAGAAGAAGAAGAGUCGCUCCAAAGAAGAAGCUGAAAGAAUAGCAGCAGAAGCAACAGAACAAGUAUGGGUACCAGCAGACAGUAUUGAAGAUCUUGUUGGACCACUCUUUAUCACACAGCCAACAGAUCCACCUGUGUGUCUGACGAUAGAUGAGUUUGAUCGGUUCAUGGCAUACCCACUACCAGACCUUUACGAGAGACCACCAGAGCCUACUAUCGUACAACAAGUCUUUGUUGGCUCUCGUGUGGUUGGGUCAACUGGUGGAUUUGCUUUUAAAUCAUCCAAUGGAAAAUAUCUAAGCAGUGAUAAGUUUGGUGAGGUCCAGUGUAAUACUGAAGCCAUUGGUGGACAAGAAGAGUGGCGUCCUGUGAUCACAGACGCUGGAUUUGCAUUUGAAAGCGUGUAUAAUAAGUAUUUGAUGGUGGACGAAGUGGCAGGAGGAGGAUUCAGAAUUCGUGCUGAUGCUGAGGAUGUUGGGUUCUGUGAGACGUUUAGAGUCUAUUGUCAAUCCAGAUUCAAGAAUAAACCAAAAUCCAAGUCAAAAGACAAUGAUGAUGAUGAUGGAAAUGACGUUGAAUUGAUCAAAAAAUAUCAAUCUUAUGGAACCAGCAAAGUACAAGGUGGAUUAAGUAAACGAGAACUAAAAAAGGCAAAGAAUGAAGGUCGUUUGGCAGAAGCGUUAUUAGAACAAAGAUCAAAAGCGAAGGCUGAUCGAUACUGUAAAUAA